AUGGGUGAGCCCUUUCCCAUCACCAUCCGAUGGAUGAUCCCGGAAGGUGAGAAGCACGCUGUGAACGAUUACACCGUGAAGAAGUGCGUCCUUGAUGCCAAAAGCGCCUUGAAAUGGUGCACUGACCUGAACCGAGACUUCUACGUGCAGGACGGCAGCCACAAAACCAGCUCAGCUGAUGACGCAAGCUUCAUCAAAGCAUGGUCGGGGGACGUUGGGAGUCAGGGGUCGCCCAGGGGAGAGCUCCGCGACAAGUGGGAAAAGAACAACAGCCGUAAGAAACGGAAGGAGCAACGGCAGCAGCGAGAGGGACAGAGUCAGGAGCCUGAAGCAGUUCGACCCUGCCGUCGACCAAACCGGAGGGAACUGCGGGAACUGCGGGAAGAACUUCCUGAGGCUCUAGCGGUUCACCUUUCUCUACUUCUGGGCGCUGAUGCCAUCAUGGUGCUGUCAGCCCUGCAAGGUCCACUGAUGGCCGUGAAGCAGUUGGCUCUGCUGGUGCAUCCCGAUAAGACACAGCACCCGCGUGCCGUGGAGAUCCGUGGAGCUUCUGCAGACGCACAGUCUGUUGGGCACGGAGAAGAACCUGGUGCCAAAGAAGCGUUCCAGCGCUUGGCCCCAGAAUUGCGCCGAGUGAGCGACGAUCAUCUCAGGGGGCCACCGGGGCGUAAGGGCGUCAGAAUGUCCAUCUCUGGUGGGGCCCUGAUAGGCGACCGCAACGACGACAACGCCUCGGCUGGUCCUGCGCCGAGCUGCCUGCUGCACUCUGACGAGCGACGGGUGGUGCCCUACUUCCUGGAGCCUGAUUCCGAAAAGCCUCUGCCUGUGAAGGCGAUGGAGGACCUCUAUUUCUUUGAAACGGAAAACGCCGCGGUGGCGAUCGCCCACGGCUCGUGCCCAAGUGGAUUCGCGCGUGGGAUUCGCGAACUCCCGGACCCCGGAUUUUACAAAUACUCGCCCAGCUAUUUGUCUCCUGGAUUGAUCCAGUUCAUGGGGUGCGAGCAGGUGCGACGCUGCCCACCGGGCUACUAUUGCUCUCGAGGGGGGCUCAGCCCACCUUUGGCCUGUGGCAAAGGGGUGCUCUGUAAUGAGUCCGGCUUGGUGACGCCCAGGCCUUGCCCUGCAGGCUUCUACUGUCCCACCUCCCUGCUGGCCUUGGAAUGUUUCCAGGGGAGCUUCUGCCCGGAGCGGAGCAUGGUGCCCCGCAGCUGUCGCAAAGGUUUCUAUUGCCCGAACCCGUGUUCCGAACACAAAUGCCCAUCAGGUCAUUGGUGCCCGGAAGCAUCCCAUCAGCCACGGAAGUGCAGCUGGUGGAACCGCUGCGCGGAAGGAUCUGGGUCGGUGAAUUGGUAUCGCCUGGGCCUCUCGCUGGCCAUUUGCGGCCCGGUGCUCUUCGAAGUGGCCUUACGCUUCAUCUUCAAACAGCCGGUACACGAGCAGACGGCCUUCAAGUCCCUUCAAGGCAUGACGUUGCCAUGUUUGAUCCUCCUCUGCACCACGCUGAUGAUGGCCUGGCUCCUGAUGCCCUGGGUGGCCUUGGCCAAAAGCAGCUUGCUGGUCUACACUAUGGCCAGUGUGGCAACACCUCAUCGUUUGAAGAUGUUGCGAUUUGUGCUGGUGGGUGCUGGUGCUUUGUUUGUCUCCGUGGUGCAAGGGGUCUUGGCAGCGGUCUGGCUCAUCUAUGUUCCCAUUUGCCUCUUUGCCGGUUUCCUUUUCGCGGCGCCCAACUUGUCGUAUCAAAAGCGCGGCUUCAACGCACUCUGUUGCCUCAGCAUGUCCUUUCUGAUGGCCGAUGCCUUUCUUUUCCUGGCUGGGGUCAGCUUCUCAGCAGAGGAAGAGAAGAAUGUGACCAUUGCACAGGGCUGUUUGGCGAUUGGUCACUUGUGGUUGCUUUUUGCGGCCGUUCUGGUGCUCUUCUACACUGAGAUUACUCGGCAGCAGAAUCUCCAAGCCCACGAGGCCUUUCUGGUGGAGGUGGAAAUGACGGAAGGAAACAUACCUGAGAGCGGCAGACGUAGCAUUCGUGGCAGCGUGGGCAUUGCAUUUCAGCUCCAGGACGUGGGCCUGACAGUGCGAAGUUCCAAGAAUACCGUCUUGAAAGAUAUUUCCUUGGAGAUAGCUGCCGACAGCAGCUGCGCCCUGAUGGGCCCUUCAGGCAGCGGCAAGAGCAGCUUGCUGAACGUCCUAACGGGACGAGCGUGGCACUACGGAGAGGUGUCAGGGACUAUCACGGCUAACAACGAAGCCAUUCCGGAGGGGCUGGAAUCCAACUUGAAGACAAAGAAUGCUUCGGGAUUCGUGCCCCAGGAUGAUGUGAUGCACACAGAGCUCACCGUCUACGAGAACGUCUACUUCUCCGCCCGGCUGCGUCUGCCGCCCAAUACGGGGCUGGUGGACACCGCUGCACGGGUGGAGACCGUGCUGAAGGACGUGGGCAUUGCGCAUGUCAAGGACACAGUGGUUGGGAACGCCGAAGUGCGUGGCAUCAGCGGAGGGCAACGAAAGCGCACGUCCAUUGCGAUGGAACUGGUGGGAGACCCCUCGGUGCUGUUUCUGGACGAACCAACGAGUGGUCUGGAUGCAGCUGCUGCACAUUCCAUCGUGAAACUGAUCUGCAACAAGUCGAGUCUACGUUGCACCACGGUGGCUGUGAUUCAUCAACCACGCUGGCAAACCCUGGAGUGCUUCGACCAGGUGGUUCUCCUGGCCACGGGCGGCUUCUUGGUCUACUCCGGUGCCGUGGCCGAGAGCGUGAACUACUUCACCCAGGUGCUUCAUGCGGAGAUCCCUGACAAGGCGAAUCCUGCCGAUUGUUUCCUGGACUUCAUCGACAGUUCCAGCUCCGAGUCGAGCGAAGCCUCUCAUGACUUGGCCGCCCAGUGGCGAUCCAACGCGCAUUCUGUGGCCCCCUUUCGCUCCGCGGAGGAGGUACAGGCGCCUCCACCCCUGUCCUCGUACGAGAAGUUUCGGCCUGGCGUUUCGGAGACCUUCUGGACCUUGUACCUGCGCUGUUGCCUCCAGGUGUGCCGUCUCUGGAAGCAUCGCGUGACGAAUCUGGGCCUCGUGGCCUUAUUUCUGGUCGUGGUGCGACUUCUACUGGGUGAUGACGGAGACUUCGAAACGAUUCUGACGAAGAUGGGCAUCGCCCAAUCAAUGCUGAUGCUCCCGGUGUGCAUCCAUAGUAUGUAUGUCUUCAGCUGCGACCGGCUUGAAAGGCAGCGUGAGGAUACUGCUGGGAUUCCUAUCUUGUCUCAGUACCUGGCAAAGGACCUCUGCCAUUUCGCGGAGAUGCUGCUCUUCGCGAUGUUGUGGACAGGUAUUUACGGCCCGUUCUCCCAUGUUGCGGCAGCACCUUGGGUUCUGCUGCGUCUGUCAGUGGCACAGUGCUAUUUGGCUUUUGGUAUAUCUUUCUUCUUGUCAAUGAACCUGCCCAGCCAAUCCACGGCCACCGUCACCAUCAUGUUAUUGCUGGUGGUGGCGCAGCUGUGUUCGGGUGUGGACAUGAUCGCCUAUGGCAAUGUGCAUGGAGCGCUAGGUGGCCUAGGUUGGGUGAUCUUCAUGUUGUCACCGUCGUUUUAUACGGUGGAACGAAUUCUACCAAUUCUUCUGAACGAUGGCUGCACAGAACCCUUGCGACGCGCUGUCUGCGAUGGAGUUCUUCAAAAGAAGGGUGUGAGUUGUGAAGUGCCACCAAGCCACCUGAGAUCCAACGGGCUCUUUGGCAAGCUCCUUGGGGAACCGAUCUUCUUAGAAGAUAUGAAGAGUUCCUACAUUUUCUUGGCUUCGGACAUCCAACUGGUGAUGUUUGGAGUGGCGCUGCGCGCCAUCACUCUCUUCCAAUUAUUGCUGAGAGCAGGCCACAAUGGUGACUUGAGUCACCGGAUCAUUUGUCGCGUGGCGCUGCCUCUGGUGGCAAUCUUCCUGAUCUUCACAAUUCCAUUGACUUCGAAUUCGUCGGAUGCAGGGUGGCUGGCCCCCUAA